AGGGUCUGCGAAGGUCGCUGCUUGGAGCACUGCGAUUCCUCGCUCCCCGCGACGAUUUCGAAAACGUCAUCGCGCGGGGCGUGGCCAACCUUCAGUGAUCAGAUCUUGCACAUGCCACCGGGCGAUCCUGGCUUCUGGCAGGUCAUCCUGGUGGACUCCAGGUUCCGUGUGGCCUGUGCGCUGAAGGGUUUCCUUCACCUUCACCUGGCAGCCCGCAGCGACAAAGGGCGGGUGCUGGUGCAUGACUGGGCUGAGAGCCGGGCACCGAAGUAUAAGGAAAUCCUGAACUUUGGACAGAUGCAACUUCGGAUUGCCAGCAUGGCGGUUUUCCAAGCGCGGCCUCUGCAGCGGCUGGAUGAGUUGCGUGCCGCCAUUCGAAGAUUUGAAUACGAUCCCGCCUGA